AGUAACAUUAAAACACAAAAUUUUACAUGAUAAACCUACCGAAGUUGCAACGCCAUCUGAAGUAAAACAAGAAAUUAAUGAAAACUUACAUUUAAGCCCUGUUGAAUUAAGAUACCAUCUUCGAAAAAAAUUUGAUAUAUCCAAUAUCACGUCCAAGCAAAUUUAUUACUGGUGGUCAUAUUUUACACAACAAUUCUACAAAACUGAUGAAAAUCACGUUAUCUCAACAUGUAUAUUUUUUGACAAACAAUCUAAUAAUUAUUAUGACCACUGUUUUCAGCUUGAUACGGAUAAUAUAACAGCUAUUGGCUUCACAACAUGCCUACUUGAAGGAUUGCGGACUAAAGCACUUACAGACUUUUUUUAUACUUUUCGCAAUAAAGGUCUAAAUCCAAGUUACUUUUAUACUGACAAAGAUUUCGCGGAAAUAACAGCAGCAAAAAAUAUAUGGCUUUUAACCAAUAUACAACUUUGCCUAUGGCAUAUAGAAAAAGCGUUCAAAGAAAAACUUAUAAGUUGUAAAAAAAUUAUGUAUACAAAUUAUAAAUACGAAGAAGUUAUAAAAGAAUUUACCUUUAUUGAUCCUUCUUUUAUUCCGGAUCUACAACGUACUGAUAAUGAAUAUUAUAUU